AUGUUGGACUGGCUCGAAAUAGUUAAUAAGGCAGGUGGAGAAGCUGCAUGGGUUACACAGCAAAAAAACUUCCCAAAGAGAAACGGUAAACGACAAAAACCAAAAGAUUCAAACGAAAUAAUAGAAAUGAUUUUAAAAACAGAGUUUGUACAGAAGGUUAUAAGAGAAGAGUGUGCAAAACGGAAUACUACGAGAAAACUGUUGUCUGAUGAAGCAAGGUUAAUAUUAUGCAGCAUAGCGCACGAAAUGCAGAUGCUAGUUAUACGAUCAGUUGGCUACGUGAUUGCAAAAACAGUCCGGAUAAUAUAUAAUGGCAUUUAUUUCAAUGAUGAACAGCUGUUGCGAAUACGGGAGUGUUCUAUAGAUGACCCCAUUAUUUUCAUGCCAACACACAGGAGUUAUAUGGAUUUCUUGGUUGUUUCUCUUCUUUGCUUCAACCAUAAUUUGUCAUUGCCGGUCAUUGCUACUGGAUUGGAUUUUAUGGCUUCAAGAUUUUUGGGUGAGACUUUGCGCCGCUGCGGAUCCUUUUUUAUGAAGCGACAAUUUCGAGAGGAUAAACUCUAUUGGUCACUAUUCAGCAGUUAUGUGCAAAUGCAAUUGCGCGAAACGGAUAAUCCGGUUGAAUUUUUCUUAGAGGGCACUCGUAGUAGAUCAGGCAAAAGUCUUUACCCAAAAUUUGGUUUGCUGCAAAUGUGCAUGGAACCAUUCUUUCGGUGUCAGUUAUAUGAUUUGAUUGUUGUUCCAGUUACGAUCGAUUAUGAUAAAGUUUUGGAAGAAUUUCUGUAUGCUUACGAACUUUUUGGCUUUCCGAAACCACGAGAGACUACAGCGGGGCUUUUCAAAUCGCGCGAAAUUCUCAGCAAAUGUUUUGGUCAUAUAUAUGUAAAUUUUGGUGAACCAGUUUCCAUAAGGAAAUACUUCGAUGGGAGAAUAAACCGCUGGCAUCCGCCUUGGCAGGCUAGUGUGGAUAAUGAAUUGUCAGAUAAUGAAAAAGAAGCAGUUAAAAACUUUGGGCUUUAUAUAAUACAGCUUCACAAUUUAAAUAGUACCACAACUAUUUGGUCUUACACUUGUGCUGUCUUGUUGCAAAUGAAGAGCGCAGGCCAUAAGAAGUUGAUGUUUAGUAAGCUACAGAGUUCUUUGGAAGACUUUGUCACACUGAGCAAAAGGCUGGGACGUCGAAUUAUCAUUAGAAAAAGCAUUAAGGAUGAUUUGAGAUAUCACUUGAAGUUGCACUCCGAUCUUUUUCAAUAUGAUGCUUUGUUUCCAAAUUCGCUAAUAGAACUGAGGCGUUUCAAAUGCAUCGAAAAUAAUGGCUUAAAGAAGGAAUACAUAGAAAAGAUGUUGUGCGAAGUGAUUCUGUCAUAUUAUGCUAAUCAGAUGAUGCAUGGUUUUGUCGACAUAAGCUUGUUAUGCCAUGUGUUAUUGUCCAUUCAAAUGCUGUCAAGAGCAAAUCAUAUAUUCCGGGAACUUAGGUCAUUAUUUGUUUAUGAAUUCGUGUGUUCGUUGCAAGAAGAAGAAAUUGAUAAGUUGUUCGCAGAGAGUCUCAGUUGUUUGUUGCGAAUUUCUGCCAUUUCACUGGAUAAUGAUCAUAUCAUUGUAGAAGAGGAACAGAUAUUGAAACAGAUUGCCCUCCUCAUGCAGCCUUUCAUUGCCAGAUAUUACUGUGUAAUGCAGUGUUUGGUACAGCUAGUGGGUACUCAAUUUACAAAUGAAGUGCUUUUCGAAGAAUCGCUACAGCUUGCUGUAAAUCUGUUUGCUAGACAGCAAGGAAACAGCACGUCCCGGUCAGUAUGUAUCACAUCGGAUAUAACUCGAAAUGCAUUAUUAGCAUUUUGCAGAUUGCAGGCUAUUUGCAGACGUAGUGAAAGAGAAUAUGAUGUUAAUAUUUAUCGUGUGCAAAGAAUGAUGGGACUUCUGGAAAGCACCAGUAUGGCCGAACUUCCUUUUGAUAAGCAGUCGUUUGUUUCAAAAAUCUAA